UCUCCCAAUUGGAUUUGCAUCGGCGCCUAUCUGCUACCUUUGACUUAUAUUGGGUAGGACGCGGUUGAGCAAGCUGUCCGGGCUUUUCCUCUCUCACCUCCUGCUUCGAUCACGAUCUGCACUGGUGUUAUGGCUCCCAAGAGAAAAUCCUCGUCUCAACAUCCCACUUUUGCGCCGACUUCUGGUGAUUCGCAGUCAUCACAACCCUCCACUUCCUCACUUCCCCAGAUUCAUUUCACAAGAGUUCGGACAGACCAAAUCCAUGACGACAUUAGCUAUGUUCAGCGUGAUAGAUCGGGAGGUCCCAAUCUUCAGCCUCCCGGUGUCCCAUCUACGUCGCGUUCCCCCAGCAAAUCCCGAGAUUCGAAACGACGGACGUCUCCAGGACACCGUUUCAUGAGGGAUCCUGGCGGAGAUCCUCAUUCAAACCUAUCAGACCCACCGAACCCCUCAGAGUCUACGCCAACCACACCCGAUCUUUCACCCCUUGGUGGUUGGGAGCCGCCGCUAUUCCACCCUCGGCGGAGUAUUGAUAACCCGCACUCGGCGCCCAUAACAUAUCCCAUUCAUGACCCCGACGCAAUCCUUGAUGCACAGAGAGAGCGCCCAGAUGGUGAUCGAAAGAAAACGGUUCUCAGCGCCACUAAGCUUUUACUCCAAACUGCAUCCUCUGCUCUCAAGACAUCUCCUAUUCCAUACGUCAGCCAAAUCCUGGACUUCCUUCUAACGUUGCUCCAAGUUUACGAGACCGUUGACAGCAAUAACGAAAGUCUUAAGGGCCUUAAUGACGAGGUCCGAAAGGCUUACACUGCCAUCCUGCGGCCACUCGAACUGUAUGCCGGUCAAACUGUCCCUCCCGAAUUGAUUGCUCCGCUCAAAGAGUUUCACGAUGCAUUGGAAGAACAGACCAACCGUAUUGAAUUCCUCAAGCGUCGAGGGCUCUUCAAGAGAAUGGUGACGGCGUCAAAUAUCGCCAACGAUAUAAGCGAUGUGAAGGCAUGCAUCAAUAAAGCUAUUACUUCGGUCUCGGUCCGCUCGCUUUCUCUUUCGAGCGUUGGAUGCUAGCUGACUGAAGGACUCGACAGACAGAGGCGUCGAUUUUAACCCUCAUUCAGACAAUUCGAGCAUCGGUGGAAUCGGAGCUAUCAAAACUCAAGCGAGCGCCUGCCGAACACACUUAUGUGAAGAGCA